AUGGAAGCUCCCGAUGAUUCCUCUCACUAUUUCACCGAGUUUACAUUAUCCGAGAUUGUAGACAUGGAGAAUCUGUAUAAAGAGCUCGGUGAUCAAUCUCUCCACAAAGACUUUUGUCAAACUGUUGCUUCCACUUUUAGUUGCUCUGCGAAUCGGAAUGGAAAAUCUUCGAUAACCUGGAAUCAGGUGCAAAGUUGGUUUCAGGGGAAGCUGAAGCAGCCAAAUAAAUCCAAAUUCAAGACUGUGUCAUCUCCUCCUAUGCAGAUUCUCGACUUAUCAAAUCACAGUUUUGCUGGAAAUGGGCCAUCUCCCCCUUUGCAGAUUCUUGACUUAUCAAAUCUCAGUUAUGCCGGAAAUGCGGGCUGUGGUCAAAGACGGAAAGGUAAGCCCUCUGAUGUAUCUGAUCUGGCUUUUGAGGCUAAAUCAGCGAGGGAUUAUGCGUGGUAUGACGUAUCUUCGUUCACAACUUAUAGAGUUAUUCGUACUGGUGAACUGGAAGUGCGUGUACGAUUUUCUGGGUUCGACAACCAACAUGAUGAGUGGGUGAACGUCAAAACAUCAGUGCGUGAGCGGUCUAUUCCUGUAGAACCAUCAGAGUGUGGGAAAGUCAACGUUGGAGACCUGCUUCUAUGUUUCCAGGAAAGGGAGGAUCAAGCACUGUACUGUGAUGCUCAUGUUGUGAAUAUCAAGAGAGGGAAUCAUGAUCACAGGAGAUGUAACUGCGUGUUUCUUGUUCACUUCGACCAUGACGAUACACAGGAACCGCUGGGACUAGAACAAAUUUGCCGUCGCCCUGAUGAGUGA